AUGCCGGUCAAAAGAAACUUCAAACAAGCUGAACCAAAAAAUUUUGAAGUACCAGAUAACGUGCCAGUAAAAAAAAAUAAACAGGAUUUGAAUUGGGAGGUCGAGAUUUUUCUUCAGUUAUUACCUUUCACUUUACCGGAACCCGACGCCUCCCACAGAAUCAUGGUUUUGAAAGAUUUGAAAGAAGACAAGAUAUCCAAACUUGACGCCACACACUCAGUCGACCCCUACGACAGUGUCUAUGAAGCAGACGUCUCUUCCACGUCUUCAGACGAAGAUUCAGAUUCUUUAGGUGGUGAACAUUUGGACUUUGAAAGUGCAGAAGAAAGCGACUAUGAAAUAAUUGUUCCGAAGAAGAAACGCUGUGGAGCUAUGUGGAGUUCUCAAUGUCGUCGUGCGGGUCGUUGUAUCUGCGCAGACGACACUUCGGAUUAUAACGAUUAA